AUGCCGUCGACGACGACGGCGCGGGAUAACAACCGCCACAUAUCAUUGGGUAGUGCGGACCAUGCUAAACGAAAACAUUUCUGCACAAAUCGAAUCAGCACGUGUAAAUACAAUGGCCUCUCAUUUCUACCAAGAUUUCUCUAUGAGCAAUUCAGGCGAUAUAAUAACAUUUUCUUCCUCGCCAUUGCAUUAUUACAGCAAAUUCCCGACGUGAGUCCAACUGGACGAUACACCACGGCUGUGCCCUUCAUCAUCAUUCUGUCAGUUUCAGCGCUCAAAGAAAUUUUUGAGGAUAUUAAGCGGAGAAGGUCGGACCAUAAAGUCAAUGGAUUUCCGGUGGAGAUUUUGGUUGAUGGCAAUUGGGUCCGAAAAGAAUGGAGAGAUGUGAAAGUCGGCGAUUAUAUUCGCGUCGACAACGACUCGCUGUUUCCCGCCGAUUUGCUAUUAUUGUCAUCCAGCGAGCAGCAAGGAAUGGCCUAUAUUGAGACGUCGAAUCUUGACGGCGAAACGAAUCUCAAGAUCAAACAAGCGCUGGAUGUCACCUCCUCGAUGACGACACCCAACGAUUUGGCGCGGUUUUCGGCGCACAUCACGUGUGAGCCGCCAUCGCGGCACGUCAAUGAGUUCAAUGGCAAUAUUGAGAUUGGAGGCGAAUUGCGACAUUUUGGAAUCGAUCAGCUUCUCCUUCGUGGCGCACGUCUGAAGAACACCAAAUGGGUAUUUGGAGCUGUUAUCUACACAGGGCACGAUUCGAAGUUGCUGAUGAACUCGAAAAGAGCGCCGCUUAAAAGUGGUACAAUCGAUGUUCAAACCAACUACCGCAUUAUUUUCUUGUUCUUCGUUCUCGUUGCGCUCGCUCUCAUCUCGGCAGCGGGUUCCGAAUGGUGGCGAAGCAAUAAUAUCCCGCAAGCUUGGUAUCUAUCAUUUCUGGAGCAUGAUCCGAAGGGAUCGUUUCUUUGGGGAGUCCUCACCUUCUUCAUUUUGUACAAUAAUUUGAUUCCAAUCUCGCUUCAAGUCACUUUGGAGAUUGUCAGGUUUUUCCAGGCGAUUUACAUCAAUAACGAUAUCGAAAUGUAUGAUGUGAAUAGUGACUCAUGCGCGAUUGCGAGAACAUCGAAUCUCAAUGAGGAGCUCGGACAAGUCAAAUUCAUCAUGAGCGACAAGACGGGAACGCUGACGAGAAAUGUGAUGAAGUUCAAGCGGGUCUCGAUUGGAAAAGAGAAUUAUGGGAAUAACGAGGACGAUGAGUUUGAUGAUCCGAAACUUCUCGAGGAUUAUCAAAAUGACAAGGGAUCGGAUCAUGCGAAUGCGAUAAUUGAGAUGUUGACAAUGAUGGCGGUGUGUCAUACGGUGGUGCCGGAGAAUAAGGAUGGAGAGUUGAUUUAUCAAUCAUCGUCUCCUGAUGAGGCGGCGUUGGUUAGAGGAGCUGCAUCGCAAAAUGUCGUGUUCCAUACAAGGCAGCCGCAAAAAGUGACAUGCAAAGUGCUUGAUGACGAUCAGACAUUUGAAAUUCUCGACGUCAUCGAUUUCACUUCGGAUCGGAAGCGUAUGAGUGUGAUUGUCAAAGAUGCGCAGGGAAUUAUCAAGUUGUACACGAAAGGAGCUGAAACGGUGAUUUUCGAGCGUCUCAAACAUGGAAGCGAGGAGAUGAUUCAGUACUGCACCGAGCACCUCGAAGACUAUGCCUCAUUCGGUUAUCGAACGCUUUGUUUCGCCGCAAAGAUCAUCGAGCAACGUGAGUACGAUGCGUGGGCUCCCGAAUACAAGAAAGCGGUGUUGGCCAUUGAGAACCGAGCGAAACUUUUGGCAGCGGCCGCCGAGAAGGUCGAGAACAAUAUGACUUUGAUCGGAGCAACAGCAAUUGAGGAUAAGCUUCAAGAGUGGGUGCCGGAAACGAUUCAAGCAUUGAUGGCGGCUGAUAUACGAGUGUGGAUGUUGACGGGAGAUAAAAGAGAAACGGCUAUCAAUAUUGCCCAUUCUUGUGCGCUUUGCCAUGCUAACACAGAACUUUUGAUUGUUGACAAGGCCAAUUAUGAAGACACCUAUGCGAAAUUGGAGCAGUUUGCCGAGAGAGCUGUUGAGCUGGAAUUGCAGGAAAAAAAUUUCGCAAUGGUCAUCGACGGCAAAUCGCUUCUUCACGCGCUCACCGGCGAGGCUCGCCGCCAUUUCGGCGAGCUCGCGCUUCGAUGUCACGCCGUUGUGUGCUGCCGAAUGAGUCCGAUGCAGAAGGCGGAAGUUGUUGAGAUGGUGCGAAAAAUGUCGAAGAUGGUGGUGCUUGCGAUCGGCGACGGCGCCAACGACGUCGCGAUGAUCCAGGCGGCGAACGUUGGCGUCGGCAUAAGCGGCGAGGAGGGCCUUCAGGCGGCGUCGGCGUCCGACUACGCGAUACCGCGUUUCCAUUACCUUCGACGCCUUCUGCUGGUUCAUGGCGCCUGGAAUCACGAUCGAUCGGUGAAAGUGAUACUCUACUCGUUCUACAAGAAUAUUUGCCUUUAUAUUAUUGAAUUAUGGUUCGCGAUAUUCUCGGCGUGGAGCGGACAAACGAUUUUCGAGAGAUGGACCAUUGGUAUGUUCAACGUCAUCUUCACCGCCUGGCCUCCGGUGGUCCUUGGGCUCUUCGAUCAUCCGGUACCAGCCGAGCAGAUUAUGAAAUACCCAGCGCUGUACGCGAGCUUCCAAAAAAGGGCGUUCAGUAUAGCGAACUUCUCACUAUGGAUCGGAUUGGCCGUCGUCCAUUCGCUAUCGUUAUUCUUCUUGACCUAUGCAUACUUGGAGCAUCAGGUUGUUUGGGAUGACGGCCGGACUGGUGGAUGGUUGAUGCUUGGAAAUUGCGCCUACACGUUUGUCGUGGCUACCGUAUGCCUGAAGGCGCUACUCGAGUGCGAUUCGUGGACAUGGCCGGUCGUCGUCGCCUCGUUUGGUUCGAUUGUGCUCUGGCUCGUAUUUGUUGUUGUUUAUUCAUUGAUCUUCCCAACGAUUCCGAGAUUUGGAGCCGACAUCGCUGGAAUGGCGUACAUCAUGAUGUCGUCGUGGACAUUCUGGCUGGCGUUGAUAUUCAUUCCGAUUGCGACACUUAUGUGGGAUUUGGUCAUCAAAAGCUUGUUCACAAUUGCACUUCCGACACCUCGCGAAUUGGCGGUGAUGUACUCGAAGCGCAAUUCGACGUUUGGCGGUUUCGAACGGUUAGCCAGCAACUGGGCGCCGAAUCGCGGACCGACAAAAGACGCGGCGCACGUGUUCGCGUCGCGCUUCAGCCUACGCGCCAAGAAGGUGGCGCCGAGCGCGACGACGUCGCCGACGUCGAUCGGAAUGGAUCGCGAGAAGUCGCGCCUACACACCGAUUACGGAAGCACGGAGAUGAGGCGCAUCGAGAACGGCGACGCCGACAAUCGCCGACGCGCCAAAUUGUCGUCGUACGUGAAUGACGGUUAUGGCGGCGACAAUGUGACGAGAAUCAUCGUCAACGAUGACGAUGAGAAUGAUACGCGACUCUAUUCGUCGAAUGUCAUUGAAAAUAUGCGAUUGUUGACAUCAACGCUGCGCGGCGCCAACAACGACGUCGAAUUGCAACGCGCACCGUCGGCGGCUUCUUUGGCUUUGGCUGAAGAGCUAAGACGCGGCUACGCGUUUUCACAAGACGAAAAUGUGCACGUUGCGACGACGGAGCUCAUCCGGUCGGUCGAUUCGACACGUGUCAAACCCAGUGGCCGAUAA